GCGCGGGAGGGGUACUUCCGGUCUAAUGGCGUCAGGAGCCAAGCACUGUUGUCACAUUUUGUCCUACAGUGUUUCAAUACUUCCCUUUGUUUAUGUCACGCGAAUCUCACGGGGCGACGACGAGGAGCCCGGCCGGGCGCGCGAAUUAUCCUAAACGAAGGUACAAAGAACUAGAUUUGAUAGAAGAUUUUGUAUAAGAUAAUUAUCUUGUACUGGGAAUAUAUCCAAAUAUGGAAGUCACAACAGAGGAGGCACAGGCUGUGCUUCUGGAAGGAAUGGAAGGCGCACAAUAUAUCACCAUUCAGAGGACUGACGGAGAAUCUUUAAGUAAAGGAGUACCACUGCUAUCUCUGAAUGGUGAAUUAAUCUCAGAGGGUAUGGUCGUGGACAUGAUCAAUGCUGGAGUUGGCACAGACUACGGCACAGGGACACAAUAUUAUGAAACAGACGACUUGUUGCCGCAUGAAUUGACAGAGAAUGUGAAUUAUGUGAUGCAGGAGGACCGUAGGCUUGCUGCGGCUCUGGUUGCUGUACAGUUUCAUCAACACCAGAAGCAGCAGCAACUCCAUAUCCAGUCUCAGCACGAGGAUCCAACUCUACCGGACGUUUCUCAUCUGGAGACUCUGGCGCCUGUAAAUUCAUACUCGAUUCAAACGGUGCCGGAAACGACUGCCACUCCUCCACCUAUAUAUCCAGCUUUACAACCCUUUAAAAGAAUUACACAAAAUGUGAAGCAAGAAUUCAUCAAUGUUAAGAGCGAAUAUGAUGUUGAGGUUUCUACAGAGAGCAGCGAAGACGCCACAUCGGCGUCCGGACCUAAAAGAACAUUGCCACACAAGAAGAGGAUACCUCGUAAGCUGAAACAGCAACAGACUAAGAAGAACGCGACGCGGAAAGACAAUAGCGAAUUGAGUCAAGAAAAUAUAACAAUUGAAUUGACUAGUGAAGUCCAGGCUAAUAUCUUCAAGUGUGAAUUGUGUAGUUCUAAAUUUAACAGUCAGCUGAAGUUCUUUGAGCACUUAAAGGUACAUUAUGAACCGGUAAAACAAGAGACACGAAUAGCUCAAGCGACAAAUACAAACAUUACAAUAUCAGUGCCAGAAACAGUACACAGUCUUGAAACUACUGUAAUUGAAGAAUUUAGUGAACCUGAAGACCUUAUGGAAGGUAUUCGAGGCGUAGUGGAAGAAACUGGUGCGCAUAUUGAUGAUGAUACAGACUCUCCGUUACCAAUUACAAACAACGAAUCGACAUUGUGGACCAUUACUACUGAUACCACAGAGAUACAACAGAGGGACCAACAACAAAUAAAACCCCCGGCCAUUAGCGAGAAUAAAAAUUCCGAUGAGAAGGGGAAGACUGACAUUCCACAGACCAGUAAGAAAAAGAAAUCGCCGAAAACGCGAAAGUCAAAUGAUGAAUUAGUGUGUCUUGAAUGCAACCGUUCAUUCCAUCAUAAAAAUAGCUUAGUCUAUCAUUUGCGAUCUCACAGCGGAGAUCGACCUCAUCAAUGCAACAUUUGUAAUAAACGUUUUUUCGCUGCUAGCGCAUUAAAGGUACAUAUGAGACUUCAUAGCGGUGAUAAACCGUACAAAUGUGAGGUGUGCGGACGACACUUUCGACAAUGGGGUGACCUGAAGUAUCACUCGACGAGCAUUCAUUCGGAGCAGAAGCAGUAUCAAUGCGAAUAUUGCGCCAAGGAGUUUGCGCGAAAGUAUUCGUUGAUCGUGCAUAGGCGUAUUCACACCGGAGAGAAGAACUAUCGCUGUGAUUUUUGUAGCAAAACGUUCCGGGCGAGCAGCUAUUUACAAAAUCAUCGUCGUAUUCACACUGGUGAGAAGCCACAUCCAUGCACGGUGUGCGGAAAACCGUUCAGAGUGCGAAGCGACAUGAAAAGACACAUGCACACGCAUUCUCGAACAAAGACGAACGACAAGCAACAGUCAUUGAAUAGGAUCCUAACGGGGAAAAACGCGGAGGCUGCGGAGGGCGAUAAAGUACAGGCAAAAACGAUCCAGGAUCUCGUAAGAGAUCUGAAGUUGGAGGUCGAGGCGACCGGCGUAGUGGAGAUUGUACCUCCGGACGACAAUCCGGAGAGUAUUUUGCCGCACACUGGUGGACAAAACUUGGAAUACACUAUAACAUCGACGGCGGACACUAUAACCACGGACAGAGAUCCUCUGGAAGCCGUUGCCCGAACGACUGAUAACAUGCAAUAUUUUUUUGGACCUAUGUAAUGUUAAGCGUUUCACGACAAAAAAAAUAUAUUUCGCUGUACGAUGAGCUGGAUUAUUUGCAAAAUAUUGGCUUAAUCUAUAAAAGAUUACACUUUUAUUGCGGGCUUUUAAUAGCAGAUUGUCUGGAAAUAUAUAAUAACUAUAAUAACUAUAAUUCUAUUUUGUAAUAUAAAAAUUCUGUUUUGCAUAAGUUUAUAAAUCAUUAAAGAUUUUCAAGAUUUCUUUUUAAGAUUUUCAUUUAUAGGCAAUUUAAUGUAAAUCUAAUGACUGAUAAAUUGCAUUAACGCACUGCCUAUAAAUAAUGCGUAAUAUAUGUUCCGAUAUUUCUGGAAGUGAGUAAAUAACCUUGUAAGUAUAUAGGCUGUUACCGUUUCACACAAAUGGAAAUCGAAGAAGCACAGCAAGAUCCAUAAAAAUGUAUCACACAUAUACACACACACAUAUACUGUAAUCAACACUAAUCACGCGAUUGUACAUUUUUAAGUCUAGAUAAUUUAUCUAGCGGUUUAUAUAUUGUGAAUCAUCGUUAAAAAUAUAUUUUUUACUUGAAUA